AGCUGAAAUUCUGAAACCGGCAGUGAAGAAGAGAGAAAUUGAACCAUCAACUAGCAUUACACUGGUUACAGAGCGCCCAAGUUCUUCUCGUAAAAGAGGAUCACAACGGAAUUGCACGACAGAGUCAGAACGCUCUACAAUCAAACAAACUGACGUACCCAAGAAAGAGAAAACUAAGAUGAAGGGGGGAAAGCAGAAACAUAUUACGGAUGGAAAUCUGCGCCAAAAGGAGCGAGAAGAGAACCAUAAUAAGAUGAUUGCGAAUGAGAAACCGAGUAAGAGGGUGAUGCAGCUUCGGAAACAACUCGAGGAGACACAACAGAAGCUCAAAAGGGUGACAGUUGUCUCAAAUCAAGAAUUAAAAGAGUUGGAUCAAGAUCUCAAGAAGGCAAAAGAAGCAAUAAGAUUUCGUAUUAUGAAAGUGAUCUACACCCAAAAAAAUAAAAAUUUUGAAGUAUUUGAAAAAUAUCAGGAGGAGGUCGAUGAAAACCAACGAUGGAUUGAUGAAUAUCGCUCCGCAAAUGAGAUACUUCGUGAUACUCUGAAGGAGUUACCGAAGGAAAUUGCAGACUUGAAAAUUGCCAACCAAACUAUGGAAAAAGCGAAUCGAGACGUUGCUGGCCAUCUUGAAGUUCUUAAAAAAGCUUCUGAGAAGUUACAAUCCGAAAAGGACCGACUUCUAGCGACAAGUGAGAAACUCAAGAACGAACAUAUACCUCGCUAUCGACAACAGAUAUUGCGUGGUGAACUACACUUCGAGGCAGAGUCCAAAGCAAAAAAUAUUUAUCGCGAUUGUCUAAUUGAGACAAUGAAGAAAAUUGAGCAAUCCAGGCAAAAGGAUCUAAUUGAAGAUGUAUUUGCGUUGUUCAGCGAGAAAGAGGGAGACGUCAAUACAGAGUUCGUUGCCAAAUUUCUAACCGAUCACUCAGAUGACUCCUCAACUGAUAGUUACAGUGAUAGCGAUAAAUGCAAUGAUUAUGAAUAGGAAAUUGAAGACUUAAAAGUAUAAGAAGAAGCAUUUUUUGGAAAUGGUUAGAUUGGGACACAAUGACGACGAACAAGAUUCGCACAACCAUCUCUUCAGACUUUCUAAUUCAUUUUCACAUCUGAAGUACGUGCGAAAGUAGACCCAAAAAGUAGAAUAGUACAAUAGAGUUUAUGUUAUUUU